AUGGGAUCCCGAGCAGGUAAACACCACGGCCGCUACGACGACCCGUAUACCUACGAUGACCCUUACCUCCAUGCCUCGCCCACGAGCAAGGACGCCGAGCCUGCCUACGAGUACGUAGGCACCGACGAGCCCGAAUAUUCCCAUGAUCCCGCACCUCCCCGUCACACAUACUCACCGGACCAUGAGCCUCGACGGCGGCCUAGCCCGACAAGGAGGAUGUCGAGGACGACGAGCCCGCCUCGUCGCUCUAGGCACCACCGCAAACACUAUUCACCACCCCCACGAGACAGCCCUCGAGACAGCCCUCGAGGCGGUGGGAAACGUACCGACUCGAGGCGCCAGAAAUACCAAGAAAAGUAUCAGGACUUUGCUCAAAAGCCGGCUGUUCAACGCACCAAGACAUAUGGCCGUCAAGGGUUGAACCUCAUCGGAGAAGCCGCCGCCGCCUACGCUGCUGCUCAGGCCGGAGGACGUGAAGAACCUAGAGGUCCGCGAGGGCGGUCUCUGGGUCGCGAAGAAGCCUACGGCCGCUACUCCCCCGAACCACCAGAACCACGCCGCAGUCGCCACAGUCGCCGAUACUCGCCGAGCCCCUCCCCGUCCCCCUCACCACCGCGGCGGCACCGCUCAUCCAGGACCGACGACCGGGGGCGUAGCGAUCGCCCCCGCCUGAACGAUCGGUACAAAUCCUACAGCGCUUCUCCGCCACCACGGAGUCGCAAACCAGAUUCAGAAUAUGACCUUGACGACCGUGGGCGCGAGCGUCGGCACAGGCGACCAAAGCCCCGGUCCCCUUCCAUCACCUCGUCGCCAUCACCCCCUCCCCGCUCCAGACGCCGUGGUCGCUCCGGUCCCUCGACCCCAUCGUCCGGCUUCCGAUCAACGUUCAAGAACGAACACGCAAUGCCGGGCGAGGUCGCUGCCGCUCGGUGGCAGAUGGCAGCACGCGCGGCCCUCGAGGCGGGUGGCGUGACCGCAUUCCGGCUGCGGAAGGAGCCCGGGAAGUGGACUGGAGAUAAAGGCGCAAAGGUAGCCACCGCUGCCCUAGGCGCUGCCGCCAUCGACGCCUUCAUCGAUAAAGAUCCGAGACGCUCCAAGUCAUCUGGCCGUGGAAUGAAGGGUAUGGCUGAAAACGCGAUUGGCAGUAUGCUGGCUUCACAACUGAUGGGUUUCAAAGGAUCGACGUCGAGGGUCUACGCAAGCGAGUUGACCGACCCAGCCCGCUCCUUCGACGUGGAUUUGGACACCCGUCGUGGGUUUCGAGCAACUAGGUCCCGGGGAGGGACUUCCAUCUUGACGGGCAACCUGCUCAACGUCGGUGCAGCGUCGCAGCUCUUGCGAAAAAGCGCGGCUGCGCAUUUGGUCCAGCAUCUUGCGCUUGCGGCGUAUGCGGAUGAGCCGUGCAAGUUCCACUUCGGCGACGAGCGAUUGGAGGACGGAGCGGGUAGUGGCCUUGAAAUCGAUGGUGAGGCUGAUAAUGAGGCCUAUCUCGAGUUGGCUGAAGACCUGAUGCAGAGGCCUUAG